AUGGUGAAGACGUUCCCGGUCGUCAAUCAUGUGUUCGAUACCUCCAUUCUACCAGAUUCCUCGUCGACUAGCUCUAUGUUCCUGUCCUCGUACAACCGUGUUGUCUCUGCUGAAAAACAAGCUCUGCUCGACCAUGCCGCUGCCCCUAGCCAAAACACCAAACGUGACAUCGUGAUGGCUCGUGUACUAGCUUUUCUCCAUAUCUCGCUGCACCGUAUGCAACACGCCAUGGGCUUACAGCCCCUCCAACACCUGGAUAAAGAGAUAUCUUCCGCGUCAGGUGACCCCUUUCUCUAUGAUCUUGGAGAACAAUAUGUCACAUUCCUUGGAGUGUUUCGUACCUAUAAACUGACGCCAGUUCCCUCCAAGUUCAGCUCUCGUGAACCGUUCGACGAUAUGCUGGAGGCGCAACCAACUAUUUACGUGGAUCCAUGGCUCGCUCGAGAUAAUUUUCAGUGUAUCAUUUCCAAUGGAUUCGAUCUUGAUUCCUUGAAAACGUCUCCUGACCUCGUCGAGCUGAUGAAGGAGAGCCAUGGUUAUCCUGUCUCUGUUCGAGGCUGUUGCAUUUUCGACCAUGCAAGGCUGUAUGGUUUCGAACGCGAUGACGGCAAGCAUAUGGGUGGGACUUCUGCUCUGGCACUUUUACGGUCAUUAGGGAUGAAGGACAUCGUUGAUCGAUUUUCUGUGACUGGCCUGCAUCAGUUGGGUGUCCACAACCUUAUCAAUGUCGUCUCGAUGCAGCCCAACGUUGCCGCACUCUUUCACACAUUGAAUCUGGUCCUUGAACCGGUGGCCGGUGAAGAGAAUGCAUAUGACAUAGUCUGUGCCGAACCCAAUUUGCUACGUGGCCUCGCGCAUGUGUUCGACCGAGUCACCUUCCAGAAUCAUGCUAAGGAAAACCUGUCCCUCCCCGAUCCUCGACUCUUGGCUCUCCAUGCCGUGUGUGCUCGUGUAGUGCAUAUGUCUGGAGCAGCGGAUGUUUGGCCGCACCCUCGCGAUGAUGAUGAUGAAGAUCUGUUGGUUUUGGAACCAGACGGUACCUCAAUGGACAUGCUCUAUGCUAAACUUGCUCCUUUUGUAAUCGUAGAGGCAUAG